AUGUUCAAGUAUGCCAAAUACUUUUCUUAUCACGUGAUUAAGACUGUCGGUGUGCGCGCUCAGGGCACGUGGAUGGCACGUGGUGCUCGUCAAAUCUUGGAAUGGAUUCAUGCCCGACGAGAUGCUGAUUGGCCUAUUAGUCGUGGAAUUCCAAAAGUUUCUGCGCUACUGGAUGUAUCAUCCAAGGUGACCUCUGAUGGACCCGACUGCUUGGGACUGAUCACCAGCACUAUCUGCGGCCAGGGAACGUGA